AUGGAACAACACGGGACGCAGCUGGAAGCUGUCUUGGCUGCGAUCAAUGCUAUAUCAUUUAUCGAGGUCAUCAGUGGCGAUUUCUCCUUCUGGCGCCGUCAUCUGAAAGGGGACAGUGAGUGGCUUCGCUCCUUCAAGCGGGCGAAAUGGAGUGGACAACAAAAAUCAGUAACAUAUCAGUUCUUCCUGUGCGCAGAGGCUAUAGGGUCUGCGCUCCCGGGCGCGACUGUCGACAGGACUCGCAAGGAUCUUGACGGGAGUUGUGUCUCGGACUACGUCCACGACCCUAUAUUUGGUGUCACCAGCGUGCUUCCAGAGGUGGACUACUGUCGUGAUCAGUACUUCGGCAUCACGAAACCCAUCUUGGAGAUCAUCACCCAUAUCAACCACCUUUCCACCCAUCCUCGUCCGCCCUCUAAAACCGAACUGGAAGGGUUGGAGAUAAAAAUUCGACUCAACAGACCUACACCCGUAUCUGAUCAUACCCUACUGCGCACCCCCUCGAAGCACCUACAAGGGCUAGUCCGCCCAACUCUGAGGCACUUGCAAAAUAUCGAAAUCCACGAAGCUAUCUACACACGCUGUGGGAUCCUAUGGCCAAUUUUCGUCAUCGCCUGUGAAUGCGACGAAGACGAGCCACGCAACGCGGUCCGUAUGUGGUUCACCACAAAGACCAGAUUGGGGAUUGCAAAUGUGGCUACGGCCUUGAAUAUCAUCCUUGAAAUUUGGCGUAGGAGGGACAGGGCAAAGCAGGAAGGGAAUGAUUGCUUUGUGGGCUGGGGGAAGUUUAUGGCGGAUAUGGGCUUGGAUAUCUUUAUAAUCUAA